UCAGCCUGUCAGGCAGCCUAUGACGGAGAUCUCCAUCAGCUUUAUACCAUCCUGAAGAAGGACCCAACCAUGCUGGAUGUUCAAGACCAACACACUGGAGACACGCCCCUCAUUGCUGCUUGUCGUCAUGGUAACCUGAAAGUGGUGAAGUAUCUGGUUGACAACAAGGCAAAUGCCCAGCUUACCAAUAAGAAACAGAGGACAUGUCUUCACUAUGUGUCUAAGAGGACUCUGUCUCUUUUGGACUACCUGAUGAUCACCAUCCUGAUGCCUAUUCUGCUGCUGGGAUAUUUCCUCAUGCUGCAGAAACAGAGAAAGAGUGUGGCACUAAUGGAUGUCGUGCUGAGCAGCAGUGUUAAUGUCAGCACCGUUGACUAUAAAGGAAACACAGCGCUGCACUAUGUCUGUCAGAGGAAAAAUCACCAUCUGGUUCCGCUGUUGUUGAAACGGAAUGCUAAAACUGACAUCAGGAACAAAGAUGGAGAAACUCCACUGGACAUCGCCACCCGGCUGAAGUUCACAAAGAUUGUUAAUAUGCUCAGGAAGACAAACUGAACUGAUGGACACCCAACAGCAUCAUCAUUAGAGCGCAGACUGAUCCAUGAUGCUGAAGAGACACUGAUCCCAAACUCUGUGCUAAACUAGGCUAACACUUGGUGUGCUAAGUUUGAAGGAGGUUUCUGUUUUAGGCUAGCUAGGCUAAUAUUACUGUACUAAGCUGGGUAAAUUCUUAUUGUGCUGUGCUAGGGCCAUGCUUCCUGUUAGUAAGCUAGGCUAAUAGUUUUUGUAUUAAAUUAAGCUAAAUGUUUCUGCGCAAAAAUAGGCUACUGGGAUUGGUGUGCUUUCUUUCUUCUUGGAUGGUGGGGACAAUGGUGGAGAUUGUUCAGCAAUUCUCACUCUGUCCACCUCUGUUGUUUUGUCCUUGGGGAGGGCACUUCACAUACCUUGCCUGCUGGUGGUGGCCAGCAGUGGCAUUCAUCAGCAUGUGUGCGUGAAUGGGUGAAUGAAUGAAUGUAGUGUGAAAUGCUAUUGGAUCUUAAAGCACUGUGCAAGUACAGGCCAUUUACCAUUUGGAUGUUGCAUUUCCCUGAGUUUACCCUCAGAAAAAACACUUCACAGUUUGUAUCUUCUUAAACCAGAGGCACAGAUAGUGUAAAAUAUCUACUGGUGACCAGUUAUUUUUUGUUUAAGACACAAAUAAAGUUAUCACCCGCAUUUUUAAAAGUACCUUGCUUCAAAACAAAUAAAUCCCAGUAUUUUUUGAUGAGCAACUAGAAUGGAGUUUUCCAGUUCUGACAUAUGAGACGAAUUUAGGGGUGCAUAACCUAGGGCAAAUGUUUCCAUCUGUAGUACAAAAUACUUAAACUCUGUAAAUGCUUUUAGGCUAAAAGGUGUUCUUAUUGCCUACCAUCAGUUACAUUAUCAUAGAUGCGGAGAUAGACUAGUGACUAAUGUCUUUGCACUACUAACUGAAAACCCUAAAACAACCAAACAUUAGUUUCACUAGCAACAAAUAUUUGGCCAAAGCUAAUGCUCAAGUGAUAACUUUGACCAAGUUCACCAUAUGUCAAUUACACAACAUAUGCUACAACAUAGUAUAUCACUUCAAAGUGAUAUACAAAAUGAAAAUAGACAUGGGUGAUUCUUUUUUUGUGGCAACAUUUCGGCUUCAGGACUUUUGAAAAAAAAAAAAAAGUAUUAAUGUUUUAAGUUUUAAAUAUUGUGUUACAACUCUGACAUGUUUAAAAAUAUUAAUUUAAUAAUGGGCAAGUUCAGGAUUGGAUAAGUUAAUAAUUACAUGGUUUUUUUUUUCACCAUUGUCUCUGAAUGUGUUCCACCCUGUUAUGAACAUUUACAUAUAGACCACAAAUAGUUAAACAUGUACAUUUUGAAAAAUAAUGACUUUUUCUUAAAAAGAGUGUGUCCCUUUUACUAUAUAAUAUGUUUUAUUCUUGAAAUUGUAACACAUCAUGUAGUUACGAAUCAUUUAUGUCUGUAUUGUAAAAAAAAUAAAGUUUUUUUUUUAACU